AUGGAGCUGCCUCUCGACGGCCUCAGAUUCGUCUGCGCGGCGCCUCCGGGUACCCGGGCGCCCCAGGAAGGAGAGGAGGCCUUUGCGGAUCUUUGGCUGGUGGGAGGAGAUCUUGCUGCCUGGCGUGCCAGCCAAUGGGCCCCUCCCGUGGACGCUGAGGUUUGGCUCUGGGAUGGGGAGCUCCAGCCGUCCAGCGCCGCGAGCCCGCUUAGGAUCUCUGCCGGGGUUCUAAGCCGCCAGUGGCGAACCGGGAGGACCGGGGAUGCCCUUGAGGAGGGUCCAUCGGACGACCUGGAGGCAACCUCACCGAGCUCAAGACCCUGCACUUUCGCAGAUGCCUUGUCUGCCCCGGUUGCUGCACUGGGCCCUUGGCAAGUGGUGCUGCAUGCCGCCCGCAGCUCGAGCGAGUGCGUAGUUGCGCGCCUCGCGAAGCUUGCUGAGAGCGGUGCGCCAGCUCUGUGGCUCGCGCGGCUGGCGCCGGAGCCUCCGCCCGAUGCCGAGACGUCGGAGGAACCGCCGACGCUGCAUGUCUCUUCGUCCUGCUGCGGCGCCGGCGUCGUGGGUGUCGGCGUCACCCUGAACGGUGACGAUGCCGGCUUGCUGGGCGAGGAUGGAAUGAAAGUGCUGCCCAGCAACUGCAGGCAGUGCACCAUAGGCCUCACGGGAGUCCCAGCAUCGCUGUUGCCGGGUGGUGCCACAGAGUUCGUUGCGGAGCUGAGUCGCGGCCGCCAGCCUCAUCUGCAUUUGCAGACUCUUCUUUGGGUGUACUGGUGGCUCCCGGAGCCCGACGAAGAUGAGGAGGAGGGGGAGCUUUUGGAGGAUGCCAUGGUCUUCGUCUGCGCGAACCCGGAGCAGAUCCCCGACGAGGCCCGACCCGUCGUCGGCGUGUUGCACUGCGCCUCGGGGGAGGAGCCGGAAAUUC